AUGCAUUCAGAUAGCAAGAGUGCAACAUUUCACACCACCAAUUCUGAUUAUAUCCAGCACCUGCAAACAUCUGUGACCAAGCCGUUUCUUCCUAUCACAUCAGUUAGGACCACUACAAAAAGCAAAUAUCCAGAACCCACCUAUAGAUCGUGUUAUACGCCGCAUGAAGUUCUUCCAAUACUUAAAGUAAAGCCAACGGCAAACACAGGUGUAGCAUCAACACUAACUGGGGACAAAAGUAGCCGAUUCUUCAGCUCCAGCUAUAAGGAGCAGUUUCCAAACAAAUGGUGUCCUCCACUUCAGCCACUGAUCCAGCAUUCAUCUUUAGUGAUGGGAGACCAAAAAAAGAUAUCCGACAAACAAACGACUUAUUCUUCUUCCUUCACACAAACAGGCGUCCACAGCCCUACGAUACUCAAGGAUCAUCUCCUUUCCAAGAUAAAAAGACCUCAACCUAUCACCCUCCGAGAGCUUACUGAUGAUAGAUGGGACACGACCACAUCUGAGGAAUUUCCUGCGCUCAAAUGUGAUCCCAUUCAUUUAGUGCACAGGGAUGAAAAUCUGAGCUCUGUGUUCAAUGGUGAAACGCAGAACCAGAACAAUAUGACAACAAACCAGUCCUUCUUCCCAGAGACUCAGACAAACCACGUGCAUUUUCCAGUGCAUGUCGAUGGAGCAAGCAUCAGGACGUUGAGCAAUGUAGAAUUUGGGAGGCCCAAUCUGGCUGAAAUGUUCUACAGCACGACAUCACAAAAGCAGUUCCCACCAAAAGCAGUGGUCCGUCCCAGACCACACAUCUACCCAUCGGGCCAUGUGCUGUCUGAGCAAGAGCCGGGUCCAGUGCGUACAACUGUGCAACAUGAUUAUGUCCCCAUAAACUCUAGGAGACAGGAACUAAGCCCUGGCCAGCUUCAGCAGGUAAAAGAGAGUCAUAUCAGACCCCAGCUGAACACACGGGACUUCAGGACGACCCACAAUGAAGUUUUUGUGCCCAAACCCUAUUCCAAGGCAUACCUUGAAAAUCCACCCUUUCAACACAUCAGCCAUAUGUGCUUUUGACUUGUCAAAGAAAUAUAAAAAAAAAUGCAUGA